AAGUUGUCAGAUAUGAAAAGACCAAAAACAGGUGGUGGUCCCAAGCCUUCGAGUCCAUCUCCUGCUGAAAAGGCUAUUUUGGACAACUUGGGGGGGGGGGGUCGCCCUUCACUGGAGGGAAUAUGUGGAGGAAUUGAUACAGCUAAUCUGUCGGAGAGCCAGCCUUCCAUCUCCUCAGACCUGCCUUCCACCUCCUCAGACCUGCCUUCCACCUCCUCAGACCUGCCAGAUUCUGGUAAGUUGAAGAGGAAAAUGACCAUCCUGGAGUUAGAAGAAAGGAACCUCUCCUUUGAAAAUGAAAAAAGUCAGGAAGAGAUCAAGAAGAUAAAAGAUGAGAGGGACCUUAUUAGAAUACAGAAAUCUUUCUAUGAGUUUAAAAUUCAAAUUUUGGUUAAUUGGCACCCAGAGGUUGCAGUGCAGAUGUUACAUAGUAAUAAAAUGUAA